UUUUGGACAUUUGAUCCGGUUGAGAACAACUAACCAACUACAAACGGCUACCAAUAGUUGAGUGCUGCGGGAUAACGUGAAAGCGCGCGCGGUCGAAGGAGGGAGAUGGUUGUACUUUUCAAUUUGCAGUUUUCUCGGUGGACUUUCUACAAACACCUUACGCCUCGGAAAUUCACAACUCUCUGUAAGCACAAUUCCACCGCUAAUUUAUCCCAUUUCGUAACCCUAACUUCCCGCCAGAAAGAUCAAAUUCAUCUCUACGUCGACACACUUCUUCAAUGGAACAAGCGCAUGAAUCUAACCGCUGUUAAAGAAGUUAAUGAAGUUAUGGAAAGACACAUUGAGGACUCCCUCGCGAUUUUGCCUCCGAUGAGCGAUAAUUAUAUCAAUCACUGCAGCAGUUCCAUCGAUAAGCUUAAACUUGUCGAUGUUGGAACUGGUGCCGGCCUUCCUGGAGUAGUUUUGGCCAUAGCUCGACCAGAUUGGGAUGUAACGCUGAUGGAAUCUAUGUACAAGCGGUGCGUCUUCUUGGAGCAUGUUGUCAGUGUUAUAGGUUCCUCUAACAUUCAAAUUGUAAGAGGACGAGCAGAGAGUUUGGGGCAGAAUCUUUGCUUCAGAGAGAAAUUUGACAUAGCAGUAGCCAGGGCAGUUGCAGAGACGAGAAUAUUAGCUGAGUAUUGUCUUCCGUUGGUUCGUGUUGGGGGAAUGUUUGUUGCUGCCAAGGGUCAUGAUCCUGAGGAUGAAGUUAAGAAAGCUGAAAGCGCUAUCAAGAAAAUGGGUGCAUCAUUAUUGCAAGUAUGCUCAGUGGAAUCGCAAAGCCCAUAUGGUCAGCGUACUGCUGUCAUAUGUCUUAAGGAUCAUCCCACGCCAAUGAAAUAUCCCCGUGGUCCCGGUACACCAGCUAAAGAACCAUUGUAAGAUGGACCCUCAUUGUGUUGGCCGAGUUCUGCUGUUCUUCCUACACGGUCCUAUCACUUUUCUUGAACCAGCGUCUGAGAGAAGGACCCUAUGAUGUGCAUGAUUGACCUGAUUUUUCACUCAUAUAGGACAAUUUGUUAUCUAAUUUAUUAUAAAUUUAUAAUGUUAGUGUUGUUUUUUUGUUUUUUUGUUUUUUUUUUACUUUGUAUAUCUUGUGAUGCUACUCUACUUGCACACUGACAAAGCAUUACAAUAUGCCUUUGUAUAAACAUAUUUGCAAGCUGUCCUCAAACCUGUCCUCUUUCUUUGUAUAGCAAUUAAAUUUAUUGCUCUGUUGAAUUUGAUCA